AUAACUGUCACCUAUGAGAGCUCGCACUGGAAUGAAACACGUAAAGUCAUAAGAAUAUACGAAAAUGCUUGCACGAUUUUCGGACGACGAGUUAUUUCGUAAAAGCUCUCUAUUAUGGGAAAGAAACAUCUGGAGAAAUAUUUUUUCUGGAAAAUUGCUCAUCUAAUCGCAAAUGUAGCAUCUCUAGUCGUUGGAGAGAUACGUUAUGCAUAUGUCAUGCGUCUCAUGGAGAUAUUUCGCGAUCAUUUUGUAUUGUUCGAAAAAUAUGCCAUUUCGCGCUAUAAUAUACGUUGAAUAAAAAGUAAGUUAUAAGAUAAUUACGCGAUCAAGAGAAGAGGAGGGUGAGGGGACGUUCUUUGACUUGCUCGACGUCAAAUGUAUUUUGAUACUAGCGAAGGAAUGAUCAGCAAGCAACAUAUUCCAGCAUCUCUCAAUUUAAACCGAGUUCUUCUGCUCGCAGUUGGCUUGUGGCCAUAUCAACAAUCGAAACUUAUUUCAUUGCAGUUCGUUCUGUUGUUUAGUAUCCUGUUGACCUUUAUUCUGUCUCAACUUGGUACAUUGGUUAUUUCGCGAUGCACAACAGAUUUGGUACUUAAAAUUCUCUUCAUUGUGUUUCUUUUCGGUGUCUUCGUGAUAAAUUACGCUUCAUUCUAUGUCAACGGCGAUGCGGUAAAGUCUCUGACCCAGCAAAUUCAACAUAACUAUGACGAAUUAAAGGAUGAGGGCGAGAUCGCUAUCAUGAACAAGUACGGGAACAGAACGAAAUACUUCACUUCUAUGUGCAUAGUUCUCUUCAUUUGUACUAUAUAUGUUUUACUUCUAUCGCAAUUUUGGCCAUGCAUUCUCGACGUAAUUCAGCCUGCGAACAAGACCCGGCCGAUCAAUUCGUUGCGAUUUAUAAGCGAGUACUACAUUGAUAAUCAGAAAUACCUGUACUUAAUUGUGCUGCAUACGAAUGCGGCUUUUUGCAUAGCUGGCCUCACAAUGCUUAGCACUGGAACGAUGUUGCUAGCAUAUGGUCAAUAUAUUUGUGGGAUGUUCAGGAUUGCCAGCUAUCGCAUCCAGUAUGCAAUGAGGCCAAAUGUGGUGCAACCUAGUAAUCUACAGAAAAAGAAUCCGAUCUACGAAAGGAUUAUUUACGCAGUAGAUAUUCAUCGCAAAACUUUGCAGUUCUCCGAAACAUUAAUGUCCACGUUCGCCUUAUGGUUCUUCUUACUGAUAGGCGCCGGUGUGAUUUCUAUGAGUCUCAAUUUAAUGCAAAUCUUUUUGACAUUGACGUCUGGACAUAAUGUCGUAGAAUUGACAAUACAAGUUAUCCUCUUGUUCAUUCAAUAUUUUUAUAUGUUUAUGGCCAAUUAUGUCGCUCAAGAAGUCGCGGAUCACAAUAAUCACGUGUUCACCACCGUAUACAAUAUACAAUGGUACGUGACUCCUUUGCAUGUGCAGAAGAUGAUACUGUUCCUGCUGCGGAGAGGAGCUAAACCCUAUUAUUUGCAGUUAGGCUCUGUUUUCGUGGGUUCCUUAGAAGGCUUCGCAUCGUUAACGAGUGCCACUAUAUCUUACUUCGCUGUUAUUUAUUCAACACAGCAAUAAUAUCUACCAACAACGCAUUUCAUUAGCAACUAAGUAGAGCAAAGAGUUAUUAAAAUAAUUAAA